AUUUCAAUUGCAUUGAAUUGAAUCACCAUAUUCAAUUGCCCGUGCUCAAAACUGAUUCUGCCAUCCAUUUUGGAAACCUCACAUCCCACCUUCCACAGCCCUUCAAUGGCGUCGUAAACACUAUAUACACUAUAUACACAAUUUUGUUUGUUGUAUCUAUAGCUACAUUUACUGCCAUGACUCCAUUUUCAGAGCUCCCCAUGUAACGUACGAAGAACAACACAAUCCUUUUGGAAAAAGGGGGAGGCUGAUAAAACCUUCAAAGCCCGCAAAAAAAGGUAACGGAAAAUUGCAGUCGGGAUAAAAAAAAAUCCCAGCUGGAAAAAUAUGCCCUCGUCUCCCAAGUUGUUCCACGCGCGCCCAUAUUACUGGAACAGCCGUCGAUCGACGGUUUUGGUACUAUUUUCGCUCGCUGGGUUUUCGUGCCUCGUGUUCGGGUUCGUCGCGAUCCUUCGGGCCGGGCUGCGUAGCGGGUGCAGAUACGGUAAGCCUUUAUCGGAGUCCGUGGCCUGGGAUAAAUCGUCGGGUGUUGGUACGAGUGAGGGUGGCGGCGUUUUAGGUGAGGGGCAAAUGCGUCACAAGUCGAUGGGCUUCGUGGGUAUUCAAACGGGGUUUGGGUCCGCGGGCCGUCGCCGGGCUUUACGGCAGACUUGGUUCCCUGCCGAUCAUGAGGGGUUUCAACGGUUAGAAGAAAGUACGGGUUUGGUUUUCAGGUUUGUAAUUGGUAGAACCAGUGAUGGAUCGAAGAUGGCAGCGCUUAAGAAGGAGAUUACCAAGUAUGAUGAUUUCCUGCUAUUGGAUAUUGAAGACGAGUACACUAAUCUGCCAUACAAAACCAUAGCCUUCUUCAAAGCUGCUUAUGCUCUAUAUGAGUCUGAUUUCUAUGUCAAAGCUGAUGACGACAUAUAUUUACGACCAGAUCGUCUUUCUCUGCUCCUCGCCAAUGACCGUUCUCAUUCACAAACAUACAUAGGAUGCAUGAAAAAAGGUCCUGUGAUUACCGAUUCAAAGUCACAAUGGCAUGAACCUUUAUCAUAUUUGCUCGGCAAAGAGUAUUUUCUUCAUGCAUACGGUCCAAUUUACGCUCUUUCAGCAGAUGUUGUGGCAAUCCUGGUUGCUUUAAGAAAUGACAGGCUAGUUGUUGAAGUCUCUACUUCAAAAACCGGCAAGCAUGGACACGCCAAGUGUCACUUUGUGGCUAUUGACAUAUUCAAUGGCAAGAAGCUUGAAGAUAUUGUUCCAUCGUCCCACAACUGUGAUGUGCCUCAUGUGAACCGUACUGAUUAUCAGCUUAUAGACAUCUCCGAAGAUGGUUUUGUCUCUCUUCUGACUGAAAAUGGUAACACCAAAGAUGAUCUGAGGCUUCCUACCGAUGAAAAUCUGCUUUCUCAGAUUAAAAGUGGUUUUGAGGAAGGAAAGGACCUUGUGGUGUCUGUUAUGUGUGCUAUGGGAGAAGAGCAGAUCUGUGCCCUGAAGGACAUUGGUCCCAAGAAUUAAUAAACUAUAUUUCGCUUGUCUUUUUCUUAAUAUCUACAGAACCAAAACAAGAAUUCCUAUUAUGGUUCCUGUUCCAAAGUGUACUACUCUUCAAGUAUUUUUAUCUGGUUUUUGAGUGAUUAAAGUUAUAAAACAAUGACAAAACUUGGUUUUAUAUAACAGGCCUAUGUUAUUUGCUGUUUGUCAGUUUGGAUAUUUUUUGUUUCAUACGUAUGAUGGUAAAUGGUAGUAGCAUCAGGUUGGGAAAAUUUUAUGUGUACACAGCUUUUUAUCCAUAAUUGCAACAUUAC